AUGCCACCGUCUAUUCCAUAUCUCGGCCAGACACUGGUUCGUCAGGUCUUUCCAAGUCAUGCGGACUUCAGAGAAGAGCACCUCCCAAGCCAGCAUGGGCGGGUCGUGAUUGUGACUGGAUCGAGCUCGGGUAUGGGUAUGGAGCUAGCGCGAAUCCUCUACCUGAAGGGAGCAACCGUCUACCUUGCUGCACGUUCCAAGGACAAGCUUGAUCGUGCCUACAAAGACAUCGUUGGAUCGGCACCACCGAACUCGCCCGUUGGUCGCCUUGAGAUUCUACUACUCGAUCUCGCCGACCUCACGAGUAUCAAGAAAUCUGCCGAGGACUUCAUGAGCCGUGAACCGCAUCUCCACGUCCUGGUUCACAACGCUGGAGUGAUGAACCCACCAGCAAACUCACGCACAAAGCAAGGCUACGAUCUCGAGAUGGGCACGAACUGCCUCGGCCCCUUCCUCUUCACGCAGUUCCUCCUCCCCACACUCAUCAGCACAACCCGCGCCCUCCGCGACGCCGGCCUCCCCGCGAAUCUAGCCGCCAGCCGCAUCGUCUGGACCUCAUCCAUCUCAAUCUUCGCAGCCGCUCCCCACGGCAUGGUGUUCGACUCCCAGCCUACUUCCCACGGGACCAUGGGCGGUCCCACGAUCAUGACCGACAUCCAACUCAACUAUGCACAGUCCAAGGUCGGAAACGUAUUUCACAGCGCCGAGAUCGUGAGACGAUAUGCGGAUGAGGGCAUAAUCAGCAUCGCGCUGGAUCCCGGGCUGCUGAAGACGGAACUACAGAGGAACCAUACCCCAGCCCAGAAGGCGAUGGGCAAGUUCUUCUUCAAGGACGCGAAGUAUGGUGCUUAUACGGAGUUGUUCGCGGGGUUCAGUCCGGAGGUCACGGUGGAAAAGGCCAAAGAGGGGGCGUUCGUGAUUCCGUGGGGAAAAUGGGGGUGUUUGCCGCAAGGUACGAAGAAGGGGAUCGAGGAGGGGCAGGCGAAGAGAUUUUGGGAGUGGUGUGAGGCGGAGGUGAAGCAGUAUAGGUAG